UACGUCGAUACUCAUUGUCUGGAAAUGUGUUCUUAAAAUAGGCGAACACACGCAGUCUUAUCAAGCUAUGAUGGAAAAUGCCAAUUUGUUGUACUGUAUGCCAGUAUCUGUCAAAUGAAUGGACUGGUUCCAAUUGUUGAACCGGAAGUUCUUUGUGACGGGGAACAUGAUUUGUACACGGCACAGAAAGUUACAGAACAGGUACUUGCCUUCCAAUACAAAGCGCUGAGUGACCAUCACGUUUUCUUGGAAGGUACUUUACUUAAACCAAACAUGGUGACAGCGGGUCAGAGCUGUAGCAAAAUUACUGCUGAGCAAAUUGCAAAGGCUACCGUAGAAGCGUUGAGUAGAGCUGUUCCUCCAGCCAUGCCAGGUGUUGUCUUCCUAUCCGGUGGUCAGUCAGAAGAAGAUGCGACGUUAAAUCUAAAUGCCAUUAAUGCCAGCCCUGGACCUAAACCCUGGGCUCUUACCUUCUCAUUUUGUAGAGCCUUACAGGCCAGUGUGCUUAAGGCUUGGAAAGGAAACGAUGCUAAUCGUGCGGAGGCCCAGAAAAUGCUUAUUACAAGAGCAAAGGCAAACGGUCUCGCAGCCUUAGGGCAAUACAAGGGCGGAAUGACUACGGCAGCCGGCGGGGAAUCACUUUUUGUUGCCAAGCAUCAAUAUUAGAAUACAUACUUUUUGUAUAUAUAUCUGGGAUAUAUUCAUGAUAAAAAUAUAUGGGACCAACUGAAAUCUACGCAGUAACUAUACGUUACAGCGGGACAAAACUUUUUGAUGACUUUUGCACAUCGUAGUCAAUGCUUUGUUCGUCUUUGGUUGUAAUCACAUGUGCAUGCAAUCAGUUUUAUGGUGCAUUUAUGUUCAAAACGUUAUUAAUUUGAUAGGCAAAAUAUGUAACCAAAAAACCUUAAUCAGAUCCUGGAGAGUUUAACCAAUUCUUAUAAAUACUGGUAGAUAUUGCACUCUUGUUUCAUUUUUUAAUGAUUCCUUAUAAGUUUGUUACCAUUAAUUGUUAAGAUUACUUGUAUGCGAUCCAAUUCUUCAGUGUUUUGUUAACCAGUCACUUUAAAAUGUCCGUGCCUUUUUAAGGAGGAGAAAGGAAAACACGUGCCAUAUAAGUGAAUUGCACACAAAAGCAGUAAAAGCCUAGCUUAUGAAUCAAUAUUUCUUUCACUUUCAAAAACAGUAAUAACAUUCGUUUAAUAUUGAACUGUUUAAACUUUGAAUAUUUACACUUUCUUCAGACAUUUGAUAUUAUUAAUCGAACACGUAGCGUAAGAAUAGGACGCCUAGUGUUACAUUGGAACACCUAGUUUAAUGGAACACCUAGUGUAACGAUUGGAUACAGUGUAACUAAUGAAAAUGCAUUGUAACAACUGAGCAUCAAUGGUAACAGUUGAAUACCCUGUGUAACAUUUGAACAGCUAGUAUAACAAUGGAACAAAAAGUGUAACACCGGAAAAUAUAGCGUAACAAUGUAACAUAAAGUAACAAUGACCUUGUAAGUGUAACAAUGGAUAACCUGGUGUAACAGUUUACAUUGUAUAGCAGUAUUUAAAUUUAGAAGAUCAUCUUUAAUUCUUUUAUAAUUCACCAUCAAGAUUAUUUUACUUAUUCGGUUAUGGUCAAAGUGAUCAGAAGAAUUUUUGUUAUGUAAUCUUUUGAAGGCGGGAAAAUACAUAUUUUUUGCAUUGAAUUCUGUAAAAUGACAAUGUCUUUCUUUGAUACAUGAUAGAUUAUUUUAUCAUUGUCCAUGCUUGUUGUGCUUUAUGUUAUAUUUAAUCAUGGUUACUACGUUUUUAUUUGUCGUUUGGUUAAAACAAUAAAAUUAGAUAUAGCAAUUUAUGAUAAUUAUACGGAAUGCUUCUUAUCAUGUCAUUUUAAAAAUGCGAAUAAAGAGAUUCCUCUGA